AUGUUCAACGCCACCUCGGCCAGCCUCUCCUCUGCCGCCUCUUCCAUUAUGGCCAACAACAACAACACCACCCUCUUCGACACGGCGCUCCCGCCGCUCCCCGCCUACGAGCUGCAGCCGCGACCCGAUCUCCUGCCCUGGCUGCCCGACUUUUGGCUGUCGCUCGUGGCGCCCAUCGUCGUCUACUGGGUCAUGUCGCUGCUCUUCCACCUAGUCGACACGCUCGACCUCUUCCCGCAGUACCGGCUGCACACGCCCGAGGAGAUCACACGCCGCAACCACGCCUCGCGCUACGAGGUCGCCCGCGACGUCAUUCUCCAGCAGAUCAUUCAGGUCGUCACCGGCGCCGCCUUGCAGCUCGCCGACCCCCCCGAGUACAUUGGCAAGGACGACUACGACGUGGCCGUCUGGGCCACGCGCGUCCGCCUCGCCCAGCGCGCCCUCCCGACGCUGCUCGGCCUCGUCGGCCUCAACGCCACCGCCCUCUCCAAGAACAUGGCCGUCGCCCACCCUCUGCUUGCUGGCGCCGUCGCCGGCGGCUACUACCCGUUCCUCCGGACCGACGCCGACGUGCCCGUCUUUGCCGCCUGGGAAAUGGCCGUCGCCCGCGCCAUCUACCAUGUGCUCGUCCCCGCGCUGCAGUUCUUUGUCGCUGUCUUCAUCCUCGAUACCUGGCAGUACUUUCUGCACCGCCUCAUGCACAUGAACCGCUGGCUGUACACGACUUUCCACUCGCGCCACCACCGUCUGUACGUCCCCUACGCCUACGGCGCGCUCUACAACCACCCCUUGGAGGGCUUCCUCCUCGACUCCCUAGGCGCCGGCAUCGGCUUCAAGAUCACCGGCAUGACCGCCCUCCAGGGCACCUGCUUCUUCAGCUUUUCCACCAUGAAGACCGUUGACGACCACUGCGGCUACGCCUUUCCCUGGGACCCCCUCCAGCUCAUCACCAACAACAAUGCUGCCUAUCACGACAUCCACCACCAGACCUGGGGCAUCAAGACCAACUUCUCCCAGCCCUUCUUUACCUUUUGGGACCAGAUCCUCAGCACAAAGUACAAGGGCUCCCGCGAGGACCGUCUAGCCGACAAGAAGCGCACCGCCGAGAAGAUGGCGGCAGCAGCAGCGAAAUAA